CCUGUUAUGUACGGACACGGUAUGGAAUUGUUUUACCUUCUUGUUAUAUGUACACAUGGUGAGUCGUCGAGUCCAAUAAAACUCAACAAAGCGAUCCAGAGUCCGAGGCAGUUGCGCCACGCCGGCGAUAGCAGAUGAAGAAGCGCAAGGCGGCGGAGGACGGAACCCCAGAACCGUGCCGCGAUCGGCUCAGCAGCCUCCCCGACGACCUGAUCGGGCGCAUCCUCUCCCUGCUGCCGACCCCGCAAGCCGUGCUCACGUCCCAGCUGUCGCGGCGGUGGAGGCGGGCGUGGGCACACAUCGCCGCCCUGAACCUGUCCGCCGUCCGGGACUGCGCGCGGCGCGGCAGGGGGCCCCGGCUCAGCGACCUCGCCAGGGGGGCCCUCCUCCGGUUCCCGACGCCGGGCAUCCCCUCGGUCUCCGUCGAGAUCAACCGCAGCGUCUACACCGCCGACGAAUGGUACCGCCAGGCGAUGGAGCGCGCGGUCGGCUCCGUGCGCGUCGCGUCGCCUUGCACGCUCAACGGGCUGGAGCUCCCUCCCUGCGCGCGGGCGGAGGCCCUGGCCGUGCGCUCGCCGCGCACCGUCCUGACGCUCCCCGAUCCGGCGGCGGCGGCGCCGUUCGGCAGGCUGGCCGAGCUGAGCCUCUCGCUGGUGCAGCUGGGCGGCGGCGCCGCGCGGCCCCUGGGCGAGUUCCUGGCGUCGUGCUGCCCGCGCCUGAGGACGCUGCGUCUGUGCUCCGUCAGGGGGCCGGCCCUGCGCUGGCUGGUCCUCCGCACGGACGUCCUCGAGGUGCUCGACCUCAGCAACGUCGACGACCUGACAAGCCUGGACGUGGCGGCCACCAACCUCCGGUGCCUAAGCGUGCGCUCCUGCUUCCGGUCCCCAACCGGCGGCGACGGCGAGGUGGCCGUCUCAGCGCCAAGGAUCGAGGCGGUCCGCUGGCACCGCAGCUACCCGGAGCAGCUCAUCUUCCGCUCCGACCUGGCAAGCGCUCGUCAGCUCGGCGGGCCCCUCAGGCUGCCGGCACUCGGGCGGCGCGACCAGUCGGACGCCCCGUACACCCUGCAACUCCUGCACGCCUGUUCCCAAGCCCACCACCUCGACCUGGAGCUCGUGAUGCCGGACGAGACGACUCUGCUCAACUGGCUAGGGCCAGCAGAGCACGGCGCGUGCGAGGACUUGAUCCGGCGCGUUCCGCAGCUGCCAAACGCCAGCGCCCUCUCGCUGAAGAUCAGGUGGGGGUUCGGCGGCGGCGUCGCGCCGAGCCUGGCCUCCCUCCUCUCCAGAACGCCGGCCUUGACGAGGCUUCGCGUGGAUGCGAGCCCCUACUGCUUCGCUGUCUUUGAGGGCGACGAGCCGCCGCCGCGACCGCGAGGAUGGCAGCGGUGGACGAGCGGCGUCCGCGCAGGCGACGACGGCCUUCGUCUCGACAGCCUUCGAGAGGUCGCCGUGGUCGGGCUCAAGGGGGAAGACCCUGAAGAGUACAGGGUCCUGAAGCUCUUGCUUGGGAGCGCGUCGCCAUCGCUGGAGAGGGUGUCUCUCACGUUCCGUGACGAUGCUGCGGCGUCCAUUGUUGACGAGAUCGCCACCGAUGUCCCGACGCGCUUCUCCAUGGCGGCCGGGCGCUGGAAAUGCUGCCCGCCGCGCGUGCUCACGUGGAUCAAGCAGAAACUCCCAACCCAGGCGUGCGAACAAGUGUAG